AUGUUUAUCGACCUUGAUAAUUUUGAGCAACAUAAAUAAACAAUAAUUGAUUAGAUUAAGAGAUGUGAUUUUCUAGGUUUUGAUCUUGAAUUAACUGGAAUAAAAGGAGAUUAUUAAGAUAUAUUUGAAGAAUUACCAUUUGAAAGAUAUUUAAAGGUAUUUUUAAUGACAUAUAGGCACGAAAAGUAAGUAUGAAAUAUAAUAUUAUUCAAUUUGGAUUAUGCAUAUUCAUCAAAAAAUAAUAAGGAUAUUUAGCUUAUCCUUAUACAUUCUUUUUGUUUCCUUAAGAGUAGACAAUAUUCUAAUUAUUAGUUUAGAUGAUUUUGUGGGUUUGUAAGUAGGAGCAAUAUUUUUUAAUUGUGAACAUGGUAUGGAUUGGAAUAGAUGGAUUAAUAAAGGAAUAGGUUAUAUAAAUAGAGCAUAAUAUUAAAAACUGUAAGAUGAUUAUAAUAAAGACUUUUAAUAAUUAGAUUAGGAAGAAUUGAAGAAUCAAUUUGAAAAAAUUUUAGAUGAUGUUAAAGCAAUAGAUAAGAAAACAGUAUAUCAUAUAAUUUAUAUAAUAGAUUUAAGAUUUAAUUGACAAGUUAGAAAAAUUUAAUAUAUCAGAAGAUAAAUAGACAACAAUAGAAACAACAAAUGGAUAUUAAAGAAAAAUUAUUUAUAAUUACUUAGAAGCAUAUUAGAAAAAUAUGAUUGGAGAAUCUUUAUUAAAAGGAGAAAUGAAAAUUACAAAAUUAACAAAUGCAGAAAAAUAAGCAAAAGAAGAAGAAAAAUAAUAAUUAAAAAUAAAUAGAUUUUAAACUAAAACAGGAUUUUAUUAAAUAUGGGAAUGUAUUUUGAAUUCUAAAAAAUAUAUGGUAGGACAUAAUUGUUUUGCAGAUUUAUUAUUUUGUUAUAGUCAUUUUGUUUAAUGUCCUCCAAUAUCUUGGGAAGAGUUUAAAGAAGAUAUUCUUAGAAAUUGGCCCCCAAUUUAUGAUACAAAAUAUAUUAUUUAAUCAGCUUAACCAUUAGAAAAAAUAAGAGGGAAAUUAGAAACAUCAACAUCUAUUGAAAAUUUAGCUGAAUUUAUCAAAAAUAAUAUGAAUUAUAUAUAAAUUGAGGUUGAAUAAGAUUAAAAUUUAUAUCAUACAGCUGGUUUUGAUGCUUAUAUGACUGGAUUUAUAUUUAUUAAUUUGACUAAAGAUUUUACAUAAUAAGAAUUAUAAAAUCAAAAAAAUAAAUUGAAUUAAUUUAAAAGCAAUUAUAAUAUUAAUUUGAAUACUGCUGAAGAUAUUAAAUUAACUUAAAAAAAUAUAAUCUACAUUAAAUUUCCAGAGGAUGAUCGAAAAAAUUUAUAAAUAUAAAAAAAUUAAAGAUUAUAAUUAUAAAAGUCAAUUGUUGAUAAUAUAAUUAAUACUUUAAAAUAAUAAUACAAUUUAGCAGCUUAUAGAAUAAUCCAUUAUAGAUAUAUUUAUAUAGAAUUCAAUUAGGAAUACGAUUUGAAAUAGAUUCAAAAUAAGUUAUCCAAAGUACCAGAUUUUUAAGAUUGUUAAAUUUUUAAUGAAAAAUAAUAUGAAAAAGAUAGAAGAGAAUUUAAAGAAAAAGAAGCAAAGUUAGAAAAGUUUGAUAAAAGAUAAUGA